GGACAUGUACGAGAACAAUCCCUCGGCUAAGUACUAUGGCGCUUUGUCAAUGGGAGUGCCUGGUGAAAUAGUCGGCCUUCAUCAGGCGUGGUUGAAGCACGGCCGUCUGGCAUGGAGCACCUUGUUCCAACCGUCCAUAAAACUGGCAAAGGAAGGGUUCGUGGUCGCUCCAUACCUUGCGCGGCAGAUAGAAGUCUCUGCGAAGAUGAUCUUGAACGAUCCUGGCUUGAGACAAGUGUUUGCGCCUGGCGGGAAGCUGUUACGCGCUGGCAAUACCUGUUAUAACGUGGAAUUGGGCCAAAGCUUAGAGGCCAUAGCAGAACAAGGGCCAGAUGCAUUUUACGAGGGGAGCGUCGGCGAGAAGUUGGUCAAGGACGUGACAGAGGCUGGAGGGAUUUUGAAGAUGGAGGACCUACGGAAUUAUAAAGUCGAAGUAACGGAUGCGAUGUCCGUUGAGGUCAUGGGCUAUACUGCAUUCGGAAUGCAGCCUCCCUCGAGCGGAACGUUAGGGUUCAAACUGGUCAUGGAGAUCAUCAACGACUAUGGAGAUUCCAAUGCUGCAGAGGGAAAUCUUGGGAUGCACCGCUUGAUAGAGGCGAUCGAGCACAUGUUUGGUGUCCGGAUGAACUUGGCCGACCCUAAUUUUGUGAGCAUCAGUGAGUACAUGUCCGAGAUGCUCUCUCCAUCCUUCGCCAAGCAACUGAGACAAAGGAUACUUGACGAUACUACUUUCCCUUCGGAGUAUUACAUGUACAAGUGGAGUCAACUUAAAGGUCAUGGUACCAGCCAUUUUGGCAUCGUAGAUGCAGAACGGAAUGCCGUAUCUAUGACUACAACUGUUAAUUAUCCAUUUGGAGGUGGAGUUCUCUCGCCUUCUACAGGUAUCGUGCUCAACAAUGAGAUGGCCGACUUCUCCAUACCCACGGAGGUUUCCUCCGACCGCCUGCCUCCUGCUCCAGCGAAUUUCAUCAAACCAAACAAGAGACCUCUGUCUUCCAUGACCCCACUCAUCAUCACCAAGGGUAACCGGUUGGCAGGAGUCAUAGGAGGGAGUGGAGGAAUGGACAUAAUUCCAGCAGUGACCCAAGUUUUUCUAAAUCACUUCGUCCUGGGAAUGGAACCAUCGGAUGCUGUUCAGUAUCCAAGGGUCUACCACAGGCUGAUACCGAAUGUGGUAUACUACGAAAACUACACCUGCAUCAAUGGUAAUCACAUUGAGCUUGCGGAUGAGCAAAAGCUUUUCCUGAAGGAGAGAGGUCAUAAGUUGGAAGCCAGAGCAGGAGGAGGAAUUGUCCAGCUUGUCGUUCACAGCCUACAAAGCACGCUUGAUUCGGGUCACAUGAGUUGCGAGGACUUCAACUCUGGAGUCGUCCAUGGAACUCUUACUGCCGUAAGUGAUCCUAGAAAAGAUGGGAGGCCUGCUGCGGUUUGAUCCGUUCCGGAGGAAUUGAGAAGGAACCGCUUCAUAAAGAUAGAUGGUGAAUGGUAUAGAGAUCGCCAGCCAAUGCUUUAAUGAAGUUUCCGCAUUAUGAUCCGAUGAAAUUAGCUCCCUAAUCUGCUUCUACACAUUGCAAUUUGCAUUAGAAAAAAUAUCAAAGCGAUGCGUCUUCGACUUAGAAUAUGUCAGCAGAAGCAAGCAAAGCAAAUAGCAGUCGAUGUAGACAGCACAUCACAGAACCCAACAUAAGGUUUCUGCCUCCGCGAGUCUGGUUUUUCAAAUGAGU